GUUUAUUUCUUUUCUUUGCCGUCAUUUCGUUACCGCGUGUCCUUGAUACAGCGGUGAUUGUCAACAAUUAAGUAUUACAUAUUUUGUACACAGCCUCCAUGAAGAUGAGUAAAAAAGUCCGUGAAUAUAAGUCAGGGGACUUUAUAUUCGCCAAAGUAAAAGGAUACCCAGCAUGGCCUGCAAGGGUUCAAAAAUUGAAUGGAAAGAGAUAUUUUGUAUAUUUCUAUGGAACCGGUGAAACAGCAAAUUUACCACCGAAUAUGAUAUUUGAUUAUGCAGAGAAUAAAGAUAAAUUUCUAACCAAGAUGGUUAAGCGAAGGGACUUCAAUGAUGGAGUGAAGCAGAUUGAAUAUGAUUUUGCGAAUAAUGUGCCUUUGGAACAGGUCGUUGGAUUGGCAGAGGCUUCCGAAGGUGCUAACAAUACUAUUAAUGAAUCUGCAAAUGAAACUAUGGAUGAUUCUACUGCAGACACAACUGCCGCUGAUGAGACAAUGGCAGAGGAAAACACAACACAAAAUGAUACAGGAAUCGAAGAUUCGGACGAAACUGGGGCUUUAGUUAUUGAUGAAGGAAAGGCGGCUAUUCAAAAGGGUCGAAAAUCCACAACCAAAACUCCAGCUAAGGAACCCUUAAAGGCAAAGGAGCCUAAGACUCCACGAGGACGAUCAAAGAGAGAUGAGGCAGAGGAAUUGAAGGACGAUGAAAAGAAAGAAGACGAAAUUGUGAGCAGAAGUGGAAGAAAAAUAAGGCCUAAGCGAUAUAUAGAUGAGCAGACAGAAGAUAAUGCGACCCUUCCGUCUCCCGCGCCGAAGAAACGUCGCGGUGGCUCCCCGCCAAUAGACAAAGAUAAAGAAAAGGAAAAGGAAAAAGAAAAGGUUGAACCACCUAAAGACAAAACUGAGAAGAAUAUUAAACAUUUUAAUGCCGUGCCACAGUCUGAACUUGAAGAUUUGAAAGAGCCUUUCACUCCAGAAGACUCGGACAAAGAGAACAUUGUAAUAGCAUACCUGCCGUCCGGACAAUAUAUCGGUAUCAAGCUAUUCCAAUCCAGACCGAAUAGUUUCAAGAAUGAAAGCAUUCGUUUACAGUGGGAUAGACAGGCUGCCUCCAAUGCGCUCACACUGAAAAUGCAAUUAGAAAAGGGUCAAAUAACAGCACAGUCAGUGUUAGCGCAAUUAGUAAUGGAUCUGAAUCUCACUGAUGAAGAAAAAGCUACAUUGGAUAAGGAGAGAGAGACAGAUGAGAAGAAAUCGCGUGUUCAAUUCUUGAAAACGGAAAUGAAGCUGAUAGAACUGGACGCUAAGAUCAAAACCUGCCUGUGUCUCGAGAAGGCCGAUACAGAACUGUGCUUAAAAUUAUUGGACGAACUAAUGGAGCUGGACGUGAAGCCGCUGAUGCUGCUGAAGCACCCCACGUGCCUGGAGACGGUGAAGCGCAUGCGCGCGUACGUGGGCAACACGCCGUCGUGGGACCUCAGCGAGCGCGCCGUGCUGCAGUUCUCGCAGCACGCGCUGCGCAUCCGCCGCCAGGCCGACGCGCUCUACGCCGCCAUGCAGGACCUCUUCACGACUCCCGAAGGGUUAUCUUUUUGGGAAUUUUUCAUGGAACGAGUUGCUCUGUUCAAGAAAGUGACGUCGAAAUUGUCAUCUGAUGAGCUGCUGGAAUUGGUACAUGAACCCUUAGAAAUGUCAGUGCCUACAUCUCACACGAUGAAAACUUCAGUGGAGGCUGCGAAUGAGGAGGAACAGCAAGACGAUGAAGCCGGGAAGAAAGCGAAGUCUACACCAGCGAAAACAAAGAAAACCAAUAAUACAACAGCGAAACCGCCGUUGAAACGACAGUCUUCUAGAAAGCAAGAAGAGAAGGAAAGAGAGAAAGAAAAAGAAAAGGAAAAAGAGAAAGAAAAAGAACAGAGUACAGACGACACUUCAGAUACAAACAGCAAACCAGACGAGACUGAAGAAGUUGAAAAUAAUACAGAAACAAAGGAAACAGCCAAAGAUAAGACGGAAGACAGAGAUACUGGCAGCACAGAAGAUAAAGCUAAAGAAGUUAAAGAUAAAGAAAAUAAAAAAGAUAGUAAAGAUAACACAGAUACAGAAGAAACGGAAACAACAGAUACAACAGAAAAUGCAGCAAAAGAGACUGAAGAAGAGGCAAAAAGUAUAGACAAAUCAAAGGAAAGUGAAGAAGAGAAAAAAGAAACAACAAAAGAUAAAGACAAAGUAAAAGAGGAAACGGAUAAAGAAGAUAAAACGGAAAAGAGUGAUAAAGAAGAAAAGGAAAAGGAAAAAAUUGAAGAUGAGCCCCGAGCAAAGCGAACGAGAGAGAUCAAGAAGACUGUUCCACCCCCGAGAUCACCAACCAAAAGAAAGUCGAAGUUUUAACGAAGAUAUGCACUGGAUUGUGUCUCCCCGUUCAGUCCACAGCGAGUGGCCAAAGGUGAUGAAAUUAAACAGAUAAAAAAAAAAUACUGUUAACGAAUUAAAAUAUAUUUGAAAUUGUAAAUUACUCGUUAAAUUAGAAAGUAAUUAUAAUAUAACAUUAGUUAUGGUGGAUAUAUUAGAUUCUAAUAUAGUUUUUAAAUAAUGAAAGAGUAUUUUUUAAUAUGUCUCGGUUGCUUACAUCGGUGGUGUAUGUAUUUAUGUAUGGUUUUGAAUUUAAGAUAUUAUUUCUAUAUGUGGAUUUGUAACAUCAUAAUAUAAAGUCAUUGAACAGCUCAUUGUUAAUUAUGUCUGACUGUCGAUUCCAAUAGCAGGAGGGGUAAAUAUAACAAACAUUUGACCUUGAAUUGAGGCGAUAUCAUUGGUCGAGUUCUAUAUGAUCUGUGGUGUUCAUUAUUAAUUCUAAAAUUACUAAUUCGGCAAAUUUGUUAUCAGUACUGUGUAGUGAUGUGUUUAUAAACGAAGGUUCUCGAUUAAUUUAAUCAAGAACUGUUUGCGAGCCAAAGGUUUGUUUAUUUUUAUUCCCGUGCCUUCGGAAUAUAGUGUGGGAGUUUUUGUCGAUUAAAGAUUGUUCCUAUCACGCAAGUCACAAUCAAGAGUAGAUACAAAAUACGGCGUAUCUUUUAUAUCAUAUUCAAAUUUAAAUACUUCAUGAUCAUGUAUAUACUUAGCGUAACGUCCAAUAAAAAUAAUAGUCUCUUUAACUUUCUCAGGGCGCAUUUUCAUUGGUCGAUGAGGCCCGCAUUCGGGGUGCGGGAGAUUUCUGUAACGCAUGCCAUAGGGCCCGCACAGAGUUUAUCGUUUUCACUGGUCGUCAGAGCCCGCAUACGGGGUGCGGGUGAUUUCUAUAACGCAUAUAUAAAUAUCAAUAUAUGAAUGCGGAUAUCACCCGCACACGUUUUAUCGACCGAGUUAUCGACCAGUGGAUUUCAUUGGUUGUUAGCUCGCAUGCGGGUACUCCCCGCAAUCGGGCUAACUACCGACUUAUCGACCAAUGAAAAUGCGCCUUUAGUGUCUGGAUACUUGGAAACGAAUAUAUACGUUUUUAGUCUAUGGUGAAACCCUUAAGAAAUAUUUACGUAUUAUCGUUUUGAUUGAUAAACUAGUUUUUUUAUAACAAGUAUACAUUUUUGUUAUAAAACAUUUAGUUUUACUUGGAUGUAUUCCGUUCAUCAUUGUCGAAAAGUAUAAAACUACGAAAGUAUUGAAUUUUAAAGCACUUUUCUGAUUAUUUUGAUAGUUGGGCGUUUUGCUACAGAAAAAAAAAGAUCUUGAAAGAGUUAAGGCGUAUACCUAGCGUGAAUAGUACGGUCUGUUAAUGUGUCACUGUUCAUUUGAUCCUUUUGAUGAUGUUUAGAGCUUAUUCCACCACGCCGCUAUAACGCUGGUUGGGUUCUAUUAUAUAUCCCUCGUUCCUAAUUUAUUUCACAGCUAUUGACUAUGUGUUACGAUAAUAUUGCACGUAAACUUAACCGUUAAUAGCAAUGUUAAGUUGAAAUGUAUACAUAUGUAUAGGUAUAGUUUAUUUUUUUCUCAUUUUUAAUGAUAAAUAUUGUUGGAAACAUUUAUAGGUAUUGUACAAAUUGGCGACAUUAUGUCAGAAAUGGUAAUCAUUUUUAAAUUACGGUUCAUUAUACAAAUUUCAAUUGUCACUUGAAAACAAUACCGGUUCGGAAAACAAAAUACAUUGUUAUUUUUAUUACUAACAGUAUUUAAAACGGGAUAUUUACCAUGUUUUUUAUUUGUUGGAG